AUUUUUCCGUUUUUCGGGGAUCUAGUGCUCGAAAACCAUGGAAAACUACGAGAAGAUGAGAGUUGUUGGUCGAGGUGCUUACGGAACUGUUCACCUGUGCAGGAGACUAGCAGAUAAAAAGUUAGUAAUUAUAAAGCAGAUUCCUGUAGAACAAAUGACCAAAGAAGAGAGACAGGCAGCAUUAAAUGAAAGCAAAGUUCUGUCCAUGUUGUCACAUCCAAAUAUUAUAAAAUAUUUUGAAAACUUCCUAGAAGAUAAAGCCUUAAUGAUAGUAAUGGAAUAUGCUCAAGGUGGUACACUGAUGGAUGUUUUACAGCAAAGAAAUGGUAUUUUGUUAGAAGAAGAGGAAAUUUUGAAAUACUUUGCACAGAUGUUGCUGUCAUUACAACAUGUACACUCCAAACAGAUCUUGCACCGAGACUUGAAAACACAAAAUAUAUUGCUUGACAAACGAAAAGAAGUAGUAAAAAUAGGGGAUUUUGGUAUAUCAAAAGUUUUAAGCAGUAAAAGUAAAGCUUACACUGUUGUUGGAACACCAUGCUAUAUAUCACCAGAACUUUGUGAAGGGAAACCAUAUAACCAAAAGAGUGAUAUAUGGGCUCUAGGAUGUGUAUUAUAUGAGCUGGCAAGUCUGAAGAGAGCUUUUGAAGCUGCUAAUUUACCAGCCUUGGUAAUGAAGAUCAUGAGAGGUACAUUUGCACCAAUAUCUGUCAAUUACAGCGAUGAAUUAAAAAGUCUUAUCCUAAGCAUGCUCCAUUUAGAUCCAAACAAAAGACCAACAAUAAACCAGAUAAUGGCUCAGCCCAUUGUUAUAAAUGCAUUAAUGUAUCUGCAUACAGACAUGGGGAAAAUAAACUGCACAAGAAUUAAUCGACCAAUGCCGUCCUCCUCUCCUUUCAAUAGAAUGUCUAUAAGAGGAAGUCAUACCUCUAGGGAAUCUAUAUCCACCAAACCAACAACAUUGAGUUCUGUAUUUUAUUGGGGAAGUGGUAUUGGUAGACCUGUAAAGAUGGGGCUACCUUCUACAGAUACACAACUUAUACAGGCCUCAAGUGGUAGAACUCAGAAAGCUGGAGUAACUAAAAAUGGCAGACUCAUUGUCUGGGAGUCAUCAUCAGUAGCAGGCACAGAAACACUGAUACCUGGUGCCACAGACAUUCCUGCUCCAACCUUUAUACCACGUUACCUAGAGGGUCAAUCAGCUGUCAACAUACAACAUGUGGCAUGUGGGGACUUUCAUACUGCAUGUCUAACUGAUAGAGGAAUAUUAAUGACUUUUGGUAGUGGUGCUAAUGGAUGUCUGGGUCACGGUAACCAUAACGAUGUAGCUCAGGCUAAGAUUGUAGAAGCAUUACUUGGAUGUGAAGUAACCCAGAUUUCCUGUGGUGCUUCACAUGUAAUUGCAGUGACCAAUGAACAUGAAGUAUUUUCCUGGGGUAGGGGAGAUAAUGGAAGACUAGGACUUGGUACUCAGGAUUCACAUGCCUCCCCAAUGCCAGUACCAAUACCAGAACACUUUCAACCAUCUAAAGUCUGUUGUGGUGUUGAUUGUUCCAUGAUUCUAACUCAUGAUAAUAAAUUAUUAUGCUGUGGAAGUAAUAGAUAUAACAAAUUAGCACUGGAUGUGAUCUCCCCUGAUGGUUCAACAAUGAAGGUCAUAGAGGAAGUCCAUUCAUUUUCACCUGUAGCCUCAUACCCACUCAUCAAUCUACAUGUUAAACAAGUUGCUAUGGGAACAUCUCAUUCUGCUGCUGUUACAGCCGAUGGUAAAUGUUUUAUGUUUGGAUCUAACCAGUUUGGACAGCUUGGUAACAGUAGUCAUGGUAACAGUCGUCAGCCACAACCAUUGAGAACUUUAGAUAGUCAGAAUGUUACAGCAGUCGCAUGUGGGGAUAUUUUCACUGUAGCUGUUGUAGAUGUAAAGGAUGUAUAUUCAUGGGGAAAGAGUUCAAGAGGUCGCCUGGGAAGGACAGAAGAAAAUACAACAGAACCUGGUAAAAUAAUUUUCAUUGGAGAAGAUCCGUUCAUAGCUGUUGAUCUUUCUUGUUCUCAUGGCAACACACUCUUAUGUACAAAACCUCAACAAGUAAACGGUGGACCUGUUGACUGACAGAUCAGCUAUUUUUAUAUUCUAAAGUAAUUAACAAAGACUUACUCAACAUAAACAUUAUUGUGUCAAAUGACAAAUCAACAGAAUGUGAAUGGUGAUAAUAUAGUCAUGAUUACAUUGUACUGCCAAGGAAAACCAACAGACAAUCAUAUUAUGUAGCAAUGCUAGAAAAUAGUUUUUUAUAUAUCUACAUAUCAAAGAAAUGUAGAUUUCAAUCAUCAAAAUGCAUAUUUGAAAACCUCUGGAGUUUAAACCAUUUUUGUAGAGCUUAAAAUAUGACCUAGAAAUACAUUUUGUAGUUAAGAUUUUUAAAGACAAACUUAUCAAGAAUUCCUUCUCAAUAGUCUCCAUUCUACAAAGUCUUGUUUUGACUUAUGUUUCUUUCAGAGGUUUUAGCUGCAUUUAUAUACAAUGUUCUACCUAAGGCUAGUUGUACAAUAGUCAUCUUUUUACAGACACUCAAACUUCUUACCAACAACGUAGCAAUUUUCAGGGUUGCUUCAUAAUCUACAUUUCUGAGGAGAAAGUUUGUGGAAAUUCAUAUCACUCAAUUAAUGUUGAUAAAUACUCACAGCUGAUAUAUUUAAAAUUGUACAUAUAUUUGAUGAUAUAUUUCAUAUUGAUCUGAACAAGUAGUUUUGUACUUUUAAUCUUUUAAAAAUAUAUAUUUUUUCUUGUGAUUUUAAGUAAAUUACAUCAAUGUUAAUAUGCAUAUUCAAUAAUUGCUUUUUCCUUUCAAAAUACACUGGAUAAAUGUUUUCCCUUACUAGUGAAAAGUUGUUAGUAUAAAGCUAUAAUGUCAUUUUUUUUUAAAGAUGUUUCUUUUUACAAUGAACAUUAUGUCUGUGUAACAGUUAAUUUUAUCAUAUUUAGUUAAACCUUUUUAGAUAUUAUGUGUAUUCCGUCCAUCAUUUAAUAAAUUAUCAUGUGAUAUUUGUUACAGUCUAUACAUUUGUUAGAGAUUUUUUUUUUCUAGAUUUACAUAUUUUGUAUAAUGUUGCAGCUUUCAUAUACCUUUAUUGUAAUGUAAUUGUUGAAUAUUUAUUAUAUUAAACCCAGACAUAAAUAUCUUUGUGAAGCAAGAAAACAUUUUUUAAUUUUUAUCCCUUCACAAUUGUUUUCUGGUAACAAAUGUAUUUAUACGUGUUGACUGCUUUCAGUAUUAGUUUCAUAAACAUUACACUUGAUUUCCAAUUGUAACGUUCAUGUGUUAUUUUGUUGUACAUGUACUGUACUAUGCAAAUAUUUUGAUUGAAAUUUUUAUGCAUUAAAAAUGAAAUAGA